GAAUAUGAAGGCACACGUGCGGGCCGCGCUUGAUUCCGUGGGCGGAGUUCGAACCGGUUCGCUCAGACCGUCACCUAAAGAUUCAGAAUCCCAGCCCCGGGACCGCUCGCACAUCCACGCCCGUCGUUACUCUUCCUCCGCCAUCACCAUGGCUGACAGCGAGCUCGACCAUCAAGAUGGGAACAGUUUCCCCGGCGACCCCCGCCUCCUCCUCGCCGCCACAGUCGUUGUCGUCGGAUCCGCCGCGUACCUCUGGCGCGCGAAUCUAGCGCAGGUGUCCUCCAGCUAUCUCGGCCGCGUCGCGGGUGCGGGUGAUGGGCAGGGCGUGCGCGGCUGUGCAGCUCACGGCGAUGCAGGGUUUAGGGCGCCCCCGGACGCGGCGAGCAAGCCCGAGGGGGCGGGCAGCGUGCCCGACGACAAGGGCGCGAAGGGCGCGCGCUCGAAGGAGCGGCGCCGAAGGGGGAAGGACCCGCUGAAGGACCUCGUCAAGGGCGGGAAGAAGCUGAAGGGGCUCGCCGCGCUCAGUAUACCAGGGGACCCGGCCGACGCCAGGAGCGCAUCGACCCCGCCACAUUUGCACGAGCCGCCGUCCUCAUCACACUCCAUCCCGCCCUCCGCGGGCCCAUCCCCGCGCCGCAAUGGCCGCCUGGCGGACGCGCAGGCGUAUAUCGACAGCCGGCCAGACGGCGCGACGGACGACGAGGACGCGAUGUGCUCCUCCGUCUCCGGCUUGUCCUCGUGCCCCACGGAGGCAUCUAGCAGCCGCGUCCGAGCGACUAGUCGAGCCCGUGAAGACGUUGAAUCGACGGCGACUCCAUCAUCCAAUACCCGCACCCCCCACGAAGACCGCGCCCCCCACGACGACCACGACCCAGUGUCCAUCUCGUCCAGCGCGUCACACUCAAGCACCGCCUCCCUGUCAUCCUUCUCCGACUCCGCCGACACGGUUGACACUUCCACGACGUCUGUCUCCGAGUACGUUUCUACGCCGAAGGCCGGCACGGACCGCCCAAGCAGCGGGGUCUUCGAUGAGUCUAAUAGCACGGUUUUCGACCGCUCUGGGAGCUCUAGCAGCGCGAGCGCCCUAAACGGCGCUGGAGUGGCCAGCUCAAGCAACAAGGCCGCGAGCUCAUCAACAAAGCUCCAAUUCCCCGGCCCCUGGGACCCCGAUCCCGACGACGCGCGCGAUCCUCGAAAGUCCUCGCCCAGCAAGCCCUUGCGCAAGCGUUCAAGAUCUCGUGGUCCGCUCGACCCGUCCUCCCCCUCCCGUCCCUCUGGUUCCUCAUCACGCCCCUCUGGCUCACGCCAUGGCUCCGAAGCGCCAGCGCACAGUGCAGCGGCUGCACAUGGACGCCCGCUCGACGGAUCGCGUGGCGCAGAGCAUGCCGUAACGCCCACCACACCUGGCCCGGCGAGUGGUCUUCCCACGCCUGGAGCAUCCUCGGCGUCAACAUCCUAUUCGGCUCCGACGGCUGGACCCCACCCCGCCUCGUCGUCUGGCUCCUAUCCUUCCUCAACGUCUGGCCCUCAACCGCCAGGCUCUCAUCUCCCCACAACCCCCGGAGCCUACUCUGAGCCCUCCGUCUGCCUCCAGACGCAGGUCGCCUCCCUCCGCGGGGCGCUCGAGGCCUCGCGCAUGCGCGAGGAGAACAUGCGCGGCGAGAUGGAGCGGCAGAGCAGGGAGAUGCGGGAGAUGGAGCAGCGGAGUCGGGAGAUGGAAAGUAGGACGAGGGAAUGGGAGCGGCAGCGGGGCGAGAUGGAGAGGCAGAGCAAGGACGUGGAGAUGUUGCGGUGGGAGAGUGCGCAUUGGCGGCGGAGGGAGAUGGAGCUCCAGUCUCAGAUCCACCACCUCAUGCAGCAGCUGCAGUACUCGACGAUGAUGGCAUCCAACUCGGCUAGGGUGCGCGGCUCAGCGAGCAAUGGCAGCAACAGCCCUGCGCCCUCGACGGGUCCGACGAGCCCAGCGUUCUCGGGGCCACCGCCGAUGUCGAUGUUCUCGCCGCCGAUAAUGCCCUCGAUGCCUUCGUCGAGCGGUAUGCCAAACGGGAUGAUGCCCUCCCCGAGUGGGAUGGUACCCUCACCGAACGGGAUGGUGCCCUCACCGAGUGGGAUGGUGCCCUCUCCCGGCGGUAUGAUGCCCUCGUCCAGCGGACCCUUCAGCCCGGUGCUCCCGCCGCAUAUGCAGCAGGCGCCCCCACUGUCGAUGAUGUCGCCGACGAUGCAGGGCAGCCCGCGCUCGCCCUAUUCCUAUAUGCCUGACCAGGGCCAGCCGUACUCGCCGUCGCAGAUGCGCCCUUAUUCCCCUUCGCAGAUGCGGCCGUACUCGCCAAUGGCGUCUGCAUACCCCUCUACGGGGUCCAUCCCGCAGAGCCAAAGUCACUCGGAGUUGCUGGCUGUCUUCCCGUCGAGCGCGCCGCGGGCGGGCGGGAGCAGCGGGCCGCCGUCUGUUGGCUCGAGCUCGCGCGGGUCGGCGAGUCCGGAGCUGGCGGCGUCCGGCUCGACGGCUUCGUCCAGCCACAACUUGACGUCGUCGUCGAGUCAGAGCUCGCUGGGCAUGGACCGCGGGCGGCAGCGGACGCGGCCGGGGUAUGAUGGCGAGUACGACGAGGGCGCCGCGGACGAGUAUAGCGGGGUGCUGGCGGAUGCGAUCCUGAAGCGGCCGCAGGCGAUGCGGGUGGGCUCGAGGCAGGCGAUCGAGGAGGGUGCGUCGAGGGAGAGUUCGUCGAGGGAAGGCGAGCUGGCCGCAUCGAGAGAAGGGCAGAAUGGACCGUCGAGAGAGGGGGACGCGCCAGAGGCUGCGGAUCGGCGAGAGGCGGUGGACCUACGAGAGUCGCCCGAAGAGGAGAUCGUCGAGUUCAGCUUCCCGUCGAUCUCGGAUUAUCGCGAACCUCCGCGGCCGAGGGACGAGCCUGGUCCGGAUGAGGUGGCCGCAUAGGCUGCGUCGGUCUGACCCAUCGUCCGUCGUUGUUUGCAACCCGCUCUUCAUCCGCUUUGUCGCCGAUCCGCCGACCUCCAACACAACCAACUCAUACCUCGAGGCCAUCCACCAUCAUAUACUCAUCCAUGCAUCCAUCCUCACAUCCGUGCCAGACACGCCGUCCGAUUCACUCCAGACACGUUAAUCCUAUUCUUAUGUAUACUUCGUUCCUGAAUGCCCUCCUUUACGCCUCGCAGGAUACCACCACGACACUCCUUCCGCGCCCGGCCUCGCCAAUCCGGAUCGGUGUGGUACGAGCUCGUCAGUGCUAUAGCCCACUUGGCUAGCGCACCCCGACACCUCGCCGACUCCCACUAGGCUCCGCCGCGGUCACGCCCCAUACCAUUAUCACCGCACACACGCCUGCCUGCUUCUCCACGGAUGCCUCGCCUGGCGCACGGGCGACCGACAUUGCACGUCUAUCGACCGUCUCAAGGACGGCCUCCGCAUCGUGACGUUUUUCCACAUAAUACUUAUAUCCCCUAGCAUACCCCCCACCUGCACUUUCUUGUGUCAUAGUCUGACAGUUACGUGAAGACUUUAUCGAAGAUCGUUGGUUAGUUAUCUGAAUCUCUGGAGCCUGAACUCGUUACUUGCUUGAUCGUUAGCUAUCAGUUCCUCCCAUUAUAUCCACCGCCCCAUUUCCCUCCACCGCCCCAUUUCCCUCCACCGCCCCAUUUCCCACCACGCCCCCUGGCCUCGAGGGCCAAAAUCGACAGUAGCGCACGUAUGCUUAGUAUACAUAUGCGACCAGCAGGACACGCUGGAUGAAGAAGUAAAAUGAACAUUUUGGAUAUCGCAUCGUGUAGUCGGCGGAGGGGUUGGGGAGCGAGGUUCGAGGUGGCAGUGAUACCGUUCAAGUUCUCUCGCAGCAUAUGCCGAUAGCAAAGGUUUGCGGAAUAUGCCGC